AUGUUGAGAACUGGUUUUUACCAGGCUCAGCUCGAUGUGGAUGCAGAUUUAGUUUGGAUGAUGCAAUGGGCCAGUACUGAUCUAUUCAAAUCCCAAGAUAUCAUGAGGAGGACUCUCAUGAGGAGGACUCUCAUGAAGAACAUGACACCGCCGACAUCAUCGACACGCCAAACUCGUGCUCACUCGAGCGAAAGGGAGCAAAGGCGACGGUCCCACAUAUUAACUUUGAAAAAGUGGCAUGAAACGGCAGGAGAAUUAUCAGAUGUUCGGUCAUCAAGGAAUCUCUUGCCUGUUAAUUUCUACCAGGAGAAAAUCCUGGACCUGAUCGAUCAUCACACAUACAGCAUUAUCGUUGCCGCGACUGGAUCUGGAAAAUCAACCCAAAUACCUCAAAUGAUUCUAGACUCUGCCAUUGCAAAAGAUUCCGGAGGGGAGCGCAAAAUACUUUGUGUCCUGCCACGGAGGAUGGCAGCAAAGAUGUUGGCUGGCCGUGUUGCUGAAGAAAGAAACGAAAAAAUCGGUGACACUGUGGGUUAUACUGUUCGAUUUGAACACCAUACCCCAGAAAAAAAUGGCAGCAUCAUGUAUUGUACCAAUGGUAUAAUGUUAAACAUGCUUCAGUCAUCUAAAGAAAUUUGGCAUUUCACGCAUAUCAUCCUGGACGAAGUUCAUGUACGAGACAUUGGGAUUGAUUUCAUCAUGCUCCUGCUGAAACGCCAUGUUGACCGAUGCCGGCGGGAGAAACGUCCAGAGCCUCGAAUCGUUAUCAUGAGUGCGACGGUAGAUGUUGAUCUCUUUUCGUCUUACUUCCUUAAUGAAGGACCAAAUGGGACGCUUCUCCCAGCGCCACAUAUCAUCAUUCCAGGUCGCCAACACCAUGUGACGAAGUACUACCUUGAUGAUGUGCUGCAAAAAUUGGAAAAUUUCUAUGACCCUGGUGUUCUAUCAUGUUACCUUGGAGAGAACCAGUCAUCUCGAUUUUUGGAGAAUCACUAUAUUAAUUUCGGCGAUGCUGAGGACGUUCCGGAUUAUGCUGACGAAAUGACGAAAGGGGAGCUUGAUCCUCGCCUUAAGAGACUGGAUAUGACAAGAUUAAUUCCGUAUGGAUUGAUUGCUGCCACUGUUAUUCAGCUUCUAUCUACAACAAAAACUGGGUCCAUGCUAGUAUUUCUCCCGGGUCUCGCUCAAAUUUUUGCGUUCGAGAAAGAACUUCUAGGCUUCGGGUCCGAUUCCAGUAUCGAUUUCUCGGAUGGAAACCAGAUCAGAAUUUUGAAGCUGCAUUCCUCCCUCCCCGAAGAUAUGAAGAAGCUCACACUCCCAGUCCCGGACGGUUGCCGAAGGAUAUUUCUCUCAACGGAUAUAGCUGAAGCAUCUAUCACGAUCCCUGACGUGAAGUAUGUUCUGGACUCAGGAAAAAUGAACCAAAAGACGUUCAAUUCUCGUCUCGGCUCCACAAGACAUGAAUGCACUUGGAUCAGUCAUUCCAGCUCAACUCAACGUGCGGGACGAGCAGGCAGAGUUCAAACUGGAGAGUAUUACUUCUUCGGAACCAAGAAAUGCUACGACUCUCUCCGAAUUACCAAAAAUCCCGAAAUGAAGCGGUUAGACUUGGAAGAAAUCUCGCUACGCGCAAAGAAAAUAAAUCCUGAUCUUUCUAUUGCCGACACUCUUCAACAAGCCAUUGAACCCCCCAAUAAUGACCAAGUGCUCGUGGCUGUCGAAUCCUUGAAGCGCUUACAGGCACUGGACCAAGAUGAGAAAAUUACCCGUCUCGGCGAUAUCCUUUCUCAAAUUCCUACCAAUCCAAGAUUUGGCAAAUUACUCUUUCUAGGCAUUAUAUUCCGUUGCCUCGAUCCACUCUUGAUCACCGUUCUACUACAAGAUCCACCGCUCUUCCAACGACGAGUCGACGUCGGCCAAGAGAUUCAAGAUGCUCGCAAUGUCUUUGCCGGGCAGUCCCGCAGUGAUCACAUCAGUACUAUCAACGGAUUUAUCGCCGUUCGAAAAGUGUGGGUUGAAGAGGGCCCAAGUGAAGCCUUUCGAUUUGCAAUUUCUCGUCAUAUCAGAUGGAACAGUUUCAAAGAUAAAUACCACAUGGCGGGCAAUUAUCUUACUGCAAUGUUCAAUUCCAGCCUGAUAAAUCACGCGGCGAUACAAGACAAAACAACUCUUCAAUUCGGUGGAGCUUAUCUCAAUGCCAACUCAGACAACACCAAUCUCAUCAAAGCUCUGCUACUGCAUUGCCUGUAUCCGCGAGUCGCAGCCCCCCAACCGAUGCAGUACAGCAAGACGUUAUCUUACUUUUCCCCGACCGAGCCCACCUCAGUCCACCGGCAUAGCACCCUAACUUCUUCAACUGAACCUUCGCCCUCGGGUCUCUUGAUAUACAGCGAAAAAUACAGUGCUGAACACCAGUCAAGACAAAUGACAGUGGAAAACUCCAUUGUCUCGCCAUUGAUGAUGUGUCUUUUUGGAGGAAAGUUGACAUCGAACGACCACAUCCUCGACAUCGACUCUUGGCUGCGCAUCAAUCUUGACCACAAGGAAGAAUCACCGUUGAGUUCAAAAGAUGACGCCCUCCACUACAUGCUUAAGUUAAAUAAAGCUCUUGGCAUGGUAAGUCACCGUGAAACCCAUUUAUCCCUCUACCUUUUAGCUAACUUGAAACUUCCAAUACUCCAGGCUUUAGAGGCCGCAUAUACAUCUUUUAUUCCUAUCGCUAGCCUCAAAGACAAAACAUCCGGUCAGGGUCGUUUGGCUAUCAGAAAGGCUCGCGAUGCCCUGUUCGCAUCGCUGGAACACUCUGUUCUUCAGGUUCUGGCGCGUGAUCGGUGCCCUGAUCCUAUCUUGUUGUCCAAACCCAAAUCAUGGGAUCAACACGAUUUGCAUAUGUUUGAGACCAGCGAGAAGGAUGAAAAAGAUGAAGAAUAG